AUGAGACUCCAUAAAGCCGCCCGCGUUAUUCUCGUCGGAGCUCCCGGUGUUGGAAAAGGAACCCAGUCUGAACGACUCCUUCAGCGCUUCCCGCAGCUCCAAUCCAUCAGCACGGGAGACCUUCUCCGCAACAAUGUCAAGCUCCGGACCCCUCUCGGCAUCAAGGUCGAGAAGACCAUGAAGUCCGGCGGCCUCGUCGCUGACGACUUGAUUAUGCGCCUGAUCUCUAAUGAGCUGUAUAAGAACGGCUGGCUGCUUAACCGAGGCCGCCCGCAGGUCAUGACCCUCGCGUCCUCUGCCGCCACGGUGGACUCCUUCUAUGAGGAGCAUCUCGACGACUUCGUCACCGCCUCGGGCGCCCUCGACAGCCACGCGCCGCCCGAGGCUUCGGAGGAUCCCUCGGCCUCGUUUAUUCUCGACGGCUUCCCCCGCACAGCAGUCCAAGCCGCGACUUGCGACAAGCUCAUCCCCAUCAACCUCGUCGUCUCGCUCAAGACACCAUUCCACGUCAUCAUGGAGCGCAUCUCGGGUCGCUGGGUUCACGAGCCCUCCGGCCGCGUGUACAACACUACCUUCAACGCUCCCCUGGUGCCCGGCAAGGACGACAUCACCGGGGAGCCCCUUAUGCAGCGCCCAGACGACACUGAGGCUGUCUACAGGGAGCGCUUCCGCAAGUUCCAGGAGACUAGUGAGCCAUUGCUUGAGCAUUAUGCCAAGAAGGGCGUUCUCUGGGAGGUCGAGGGCAUGAGCAGUGACGACAUUAGUCCCCUGCUCUUUGACGAGUUUGAGAAGCGCUUCGUUCACUGA